AUGGCAUCUCCAGCCGACGCCGCCAUGGACCCGACGCUGCUCAUGGGCGGCUCAGAGAGCGGAUCGAUACCCUCUGGCUUCACCCCGCUCGCCCUCGGACUCGUAGAGGCGUGGAACAACGACCCAAGGGCGCUGUGGAGCAGCUUUGCCAUGAUCAUCGUCUCGGAGAUCGGCGACAAGACGUUCCUGAUCGCCGCCAUCCUGUCGAUGCGGCAUCCCAAAAACGUCGUCUUCGCCGGCGCCUUUGCCUCGCUGGCCGUCAUGUCGGUCCUCUCGUCGGCGCUCGGCGUCAUGUUCCCCUCGCUCCUGCCCAAGUCGUGGACCACGCUGCUCGCCGCGCUCCUCUUCUUCGCGUUCGGCAUCAAGAUGGUCAAGGAAGGGCUCGAGAUGAGCGGCGACGAGAUGGAGGAGGAGUGGAACGAGGCGCAGCGCGAGAUCGAGGACGAGGAAGGUGGCGAGGCCUACCAGAUGGAGCAGGGCGGCGUCGAUGCGUCCAGCUACCCCGUCGUCAACCCGUAUCCGGCGACGAAUGGAGCCGCUUCCGCUUCCGCAGCCCCACCGCAGAGGCCCAGGACGAGCGACCAAGAGGAGAAGCACCGGAAGCCGAGCGCGUGGAGCGCAAAGGAGGGCGCAAAGAACCUGUGCGGCCUCUGCUUCAGCCCGAUCUUUGCCCAGGCCUUCAUCCUCACCUUCCUCGGCGAGUGGGGGGAUCGCAGCCAGAUUGCCACCAUCGCCCUGGCAGCUGCCCACAACGUCACGCUCGUGUGCCUGGGCACGGUGCUGGGCCAUGCCUGCUGCACCUCGCUCGCCGUCAUCUGCGGAAGCUGGCUCGCAAGUCGCAUCAGCGUACGCCACGUCACGUUGGGCGGCGCGCUCCUCUUCCUCCUCUUCGGCGUCAUCUACCUCUACGAGAGCUUCACCCUCUUUGGCGACAUCGCCGCCUCGACGGCGCCAGACGUGGCCCAGUCGGCCGUCAAUGUCGCCCUGGCCGGUGCCGAUGGGGCGAAGGGCAUCGUGCAGAACGGCGGGGACAAGAUGGCCAACGCCGUCGCGGCCGGUGCUGCCGCCCUGCCCGGCGGUGAUGGCAAGCCGCCGAUUGUAGCCGCAGGCGGUAUCGGCGGGUUUGGCGUGUGA